UACUGUAUGCAACCACCUUCAUAACCGCUUUACUUCUAUGCACCUACCUUUAUUCACCGUAUAUUGUACAUACCCGAGAAAAAACCAAAUAUAUCCUACUAUGGACUGAAGCCAGCUCGUUUCCUUUAAACUUCUUACGACACGGAUUCGAUGCGUUCACAUCCAACGAUUGUCAAUACACAAACUGCUACGUUUCACAUAAUGUCAGCGAUCUUGAAGCAUUGAUUCAUUUUGAUGCGAUCGUUUUCAACGGUAAGCAUCUGCCUGCUAUGAAACCUAUAUCAUACCAUUGGCCACGGCAUAGAUCACCUAGUCAAAAAUAUGUUUAUGCCAACGUUGAGUCACCCCAGAACUAUCCUAUUUGUGACACUCAUUUCAAUGAUUUAUUUAACUGGACGUGGACUUAUAGACUAGAUUCUGAUUUGCGUUGGGGCUACUUCAGAGUUUACGAUUUGGCAGGACAACUCGUCGGGCCUAAAACAGAGAUGCAUUGGCAAGAGUUAGAUCCCGUAGACGACCAGACCAAGACUCGUUUGUCUUCGAAGAGUAUCGCGGCAGCCUGGUUCGUGUCUAAUUGUAAAUCUAGGAGCAGGAGAGAAAAGUUUGUUAAAGAAUAAGGAAAAGAACUAGACCAGAAUGGUCUAUCUUUACACAUCUACGGUUUCUGUGGUACACACAAAUGUCCACGGGGAAAACCAGAGUGUGGCAAAGUAUUGGAAGAGAAAUACUACUUCUACUUCGCAUUUGAGAAUUCGAUAUAUAAAGAAUACGUGACAGAAAAGGUGCUGACGGCUCUGAACCAUUACACGGUGCCUAUUGUGUUCGGGGGUGCCAAUUAUUCCAGGUUCCUGCCUCCAGGCAGCUACUUGGAUGCGCGCGAGUUGGGCGCCAAGCGACUGGCGGCGCGGAUGGCCGCCAUCAUUCAUGACCACAAGAGAGGCAACGGCAGUAUGUACCAUGACUUCUUCAGAUGGCGAAACCACUACAAAUUCAAAGCAACACUUGAUACAGAAGAUGUGUGCAGCAUGUGUAAACUCCUUAACGACCCAGCAGCCAUGUUAGAAGAUACUGUUUACAGCAAUAUUCUUGAAUGGUGGAUCGGUAAAGGAAUGACGUGUACAAAGCUGUGUUAAUUGAGGGUCACCCCACACU